GGGGGCCGAGGCGGGAGCCGCGCCGCCGGGCUCCCGGGCUCCGACUCCUCCUCCCCCGCCGCCGCCGCCGUCCGCCGCGCCGGGUCCUAAAGCCGCGCGCCUCAGGAGGAUGGUACGCCUGGCGGCCGAGCUGCUGCUGCUGCUGGGGCUGCUGCUGCUCACGCUGCACAUCACGGUGCUGCGCGGUUCGGGAGCCGCCGACGGGCCGGACGCGGCCGCGGCCAACGCCAGCCGGACGCAGCUGCAGAAUAACCUCAACAUGGAAAGUGCCUCAACAUCGGAAACCAGCUCUCCUCUCUCCAAAGAAACAUCAGGGGAGCAUUCGGACCACCAGGCUGCACACCAACCAUUCCCCAGACAGCAAUUCCAGCAAGAGGCUGGGCCCCCUUCAUUGCAAAGAGAUGGCCCCAGAUCCUUUCUCCUUGAUCUACCAAACUUUCCAGAUCUUUCCAAAGCUGAUAUCAAUGGGCAGAAUCCAAAUAUCCAGGUCACCAUAGAGGUGGUGGACGGUCCUGACUCUGAAGCAGAUAAAGAUCAGCAUCCGGAGAAUAAGCCCAGCUGGUCAGUCCCAUCCCCCGACUGGCGGGCCUGGUGGCAGAGGUCCUUGUCCUUGGCAAGGGCCAACGGCGGGGACCAGGACUACAAGUACGACAGUACCUCAGACGACAGCAACUUCCUCAACCCCCCUGGGGGGUGGGACCGUCCGGCCCCAGGCCACCGGACUUUUGAAUCCACAGAGCAGCCAGAAUAUGAUUCCACAGACGGUGAGGGAGACUGGAGUCUCUGGUCUGUUUGCAGCGUCACCUGUGGGAACGGCAACCAGAAACGGACCAGAUCUUGUGGCUACGCGUGCACUGCAACCGAAUCUAGGACGUGUGACCGUCCAAACUGCCCAGGAAUCGAAGACACCUUCAGGACAGCUGCCACCGAAGUGAGUCUGCUUGCAGGAAGUGAAGAGUUUAAUGCCACCAAACUGUUCGAAGUUGACACGGACAGCUGUGAGCGCUGGAUGAGCUGCAAGAGCGAGUUCCUAAAGAAGUAUAUGCACAAGGUGAUCAACGACCUGCCCAGCUGCCCCUGCUCCUACCCCACCGAGGUGGCCUACAGCACGGCCGACAUCUUCGACCGCAUCAAGCGCAAGGACUUCCGCUGGAAGGAUGCCAGCGGGCCCAAGGAGAAGCUGGAGAUCUACAAGCCCACGGCCCGGUACUGCAUUCGCUCCAUGCUGUCCCUGGAGAGCACCACACUGGCCGCCCAGCACUGUUGCUAUGGCGACAACAUGCAGCUCAUCACCAGGGGCAAAGGGGCGGGGACGCCCAAUCUCAUCAGCACUGAGUUCUCAGCGGAGCUCCACUACAAAGUGGACAUCCUGCCCUGGAUUAUCUGCAAGGGCGACUGGAGCAGGUAUAAUGAGGCCCGGCCUCCCAACAACGGACAGAAGUGCACAGAGAGCCCCUCGGACGAAGAUUAUAUCAAGCAGUUUCAAGAGGCCAGAGAGUAUUAAAGAGACACCACCUCUGUUGUUCAUGACAAACACACUGCACUGAUCCGCCACCUGGCACAGAGUCCCUCUUACCCGCAUACAUGUAUGUGUACAUAUACCAUGUGAGUAUUUGUCAUAAGUUACACUAGGGGUGUGCGCCAGGCCCUUGUGACUGCCAUCUGAAGCCACCGUUGCCUCUUCAAUGCCAACAGCUUCCUUGGAACUCUUCCUAGGGGGGAUGUCCUCAGGAGGAUGGAGAGAAAGAAGCUGGAAGAAGAACCUGGAGGUCAUAGCAGGUGGGAUUCAACUCACACCCCGGAUCCAGCAUUUCCGAGAGAAGCAAACGGGCAAAGAGAACGAAGUUGUAAACGUGAUAAGCAGUUUUUAUAUGUAACUUAUUUAAUAUGAAUGUGACUUAUACGUCACCUUUUCUCUGGAGUUGUCAUCGUGAAACUAUUUAAUCACUUCCAUGAGAGUUCAGAAAGGGGCUUAGGGAGAUGGAAGAGAAAGGGAAUUUUGUAGUAAUGACUUCUUUAAAAAUAAAGAAUUCAACAGAAAGAUAUCAAAACAAGGAAACACCCACCUGAAACCAAGUGUUAGUUAGCCAGUGAGGUACCUUGAUGAAGUCUCAGCUUCCAAAAUGCCCUUGCCUCAGCCUGGGUAGGGAGUGGGGGGCAAAUGGGUAUUUUAGGAGAAAAUCUGAGGCCUGGUUUUAAAUGGACUUUAAAACAAAGGCCAAUAUUAACACAAUGCUAUGUUUCUACUAAAAGACCCCAGAAUAGAAUUUCUGCUCAUGCCUUAAUAGGUUCAGAAGGCUACAGGAAGGUCAGACAUAAAAACAAGGAGUAGCACUUUUCCAAAGAAAAAAUGCAAAACAAAUGGGGAGAAAUCAUGAACUUCAUUUCAUCUAUUUUAUUUUAAUACCAGCUUAACAAUUUUUUUUCUCCACAAUAUAGUCUCAGUAAAUAAAUAUAAAAACAAGGAGAGGAACUCAAGUCUAGGAAAACCUAAUUUUUUUAUGUUUUAAGAAAGAAAAAAAAUACAUUAUUUUUGUAAAGUAUUUAUUGAGUCUUGUGCAUCAAGCAAUUGUAAUAUGGCCUGGUUCUGUAGGGUGGAACUUAGGACAAAUAAAAAGUUGGUUCUUAUGCAAUCUUUACUUGCAAAACUCCAGGAAAAGAGAUUACAUAAUAAAAUCAUAAUAAAAUGUGUUACCUACAGUAAAUGUGUUACCUGCAAAUAUUUAUGAUACGAAUUCCAUAAAUAGCCCUGGUAAAGCAGGGCUUCAAGGCAGGGGAGAGGAAGGUUCAAACCAGGUAGAAUAAAAGGCUCAUUGAUUGAUGUGAUGGUGGGUGGUAUAAGUCAUAGCAUCUUUGGCACCAAGAAUAUCAACCCUGCCCCCAGGAGGCUAGAGCUCAUUGAUACACGUGCAACUUUUUGCCCACCCAGAGCUAAGAAAGAGCUAAGAAAUCCAAGCCAGAGCAAAGGCUUAAGACAGCCCAGGUGAGUGGGACUGCUUCCAGACAAAAUUCUGCAAUUACAGUAAUAAGUAGAACUCCUCAUUGUGCAAAUUAUUCCAUUUCCAGAUGAGGAAACCAAAUCUCAGAAAAAAAUAGAUCACAUUGGAUCUAUCCUUCAUUUCCUAGUCCAGUGCUCUAUCUACUCUAUCAGCCUACCUUUAGGUUCUCAUAAUAAAAUCUUGUUUUAAUGGAAAAUCUCUUAUCAGUCAUUUACACUUUAGAAUGAGUUAUCCAUGUAUUGCCCACUCUCAGGAUAUUUAUAUUUAAGACCUAUUUCUAAUUAUGGAAUGAGAAUCCUUAUUCACACCUGAAGGAAGUUUAGGCAACUGAACUGGUAAGGAGAAAAUCAGUAGGUCCGUAUAUCAGGGAAGCAGAUUUGGUUCCUAAUAAUAGGAAUACCAUUUUUGCCAAGAGAGUUGGUUGCAAUGGAAUGCAUUGCCUUUGGGAUGGUGAGUACCCUGUCAGGACAGGUAUUCAAGCAGAGCUGGAGAUGAAUCACAUGAGAAGCUCAUUUUAGUGAGCAGGAGAGACAAAAAUGUACAGCAAUAACCCCCUCCGAUAAGUGUUCUAUAAAGGGUAAGUGGAAAGUACUCUGGGAAAAUAGAGGCAGGAAUCAGGGAAGUACCUGCUAGACCUAAUAGAGGAGUGGUAUUUCACAAAGCAGAGAAGAGGGAGGGCAAGUAGAUGCAUUUGGAGUAAGAAAACAGUAUGGGCAAAAGCAAGGAACUACGCAAGAGCUUGGUGUUUUCCGAAAACUGGGAUGUUUACAGUGAUGAGCCAGAGGGACAAGAAUGGCAAGUUAUGGAGUUGUGUCUAAGGUGUUUUUGUUAAGGAUUAGCAUGGAAAAUUCAAGCUGUUUCCUAAUACAGUGAGAAUGACUGAUAUGAGCCAUGUUUCCAAUGGGCUAUUUGCCUCUUUAUAUCAGACCUUCCUGACAUAACGAACUGAGAGUUGGA